GCAGAGGUUGGGGACAUGGCUGCGCUGGCUCGGAGCGUCCUGGUGACAGGGUCCAGCCGGGGCAUCGGACUGGAGCUCGUGCGGCAGCUCGCCGCCAGCCCCCGGCCCCCCCAGCACGUCUUUGCCACCUGCCGCGACCCCAAGGGUCCAAGAGGGAAGGCCCUGCAAGAACUAGCUGCCCAGCACUCCAGCAUCAAACUGGUCCAGCUAGCUGACACAGUGAAUUUGCACAGCAUCCAAAGAGCCGUGCGGGAUGUGGGGUAUCAUCUGAAGGACCAGGGCUUGAACCUGCUCAUCAACAACGCAGGCAUCAGCUCCCACGCCACACUGUCCUCCCUGGACUCGCAGGAGAUGCUCGACGUGUUUGCCACCAAUGUGGUUGGGCCACUCCAGGUUGUCAAGGAAUUUCUGCCGCUCCUGGAGCAGGCAGCAAAGGCCGCAGGACAGGAGGGUCUGAGCUGCAGCAGGGCCGCUGUCAUCAACAUCUCCUCCAAACUGGGCUCCAUCGGGCUGUGCCUCCGCGUGCCAGAGGCCCCCAUGUACCCGUACCGGGCCAGCAAGGCUGCCCAGAACAUGGUGACGAGGUGCUUGGCUGCAGAACUCCAGGACAAGGGGAUCUUGUGUGUGGCCAUCCAUCCUGGCUGGGUGAAGACUGACAUGGGCACAGAGGAGGCACCGCUGACAGUGGAGGACAGUGUGAGGGGCAUCCUGACUGUGCUGGCCAGCCUCUCCCAGGACACCUCUGGAGCCUUCCUCGACUGGGAAGGGAACAGCCUGCCCUGGUGA